UGGACUGUUUUUACACCUUCUUUCUAAAUAAGGAAGCAGCCUGUCAGACAUAUGACCACCGGCCCAAUUUGGGCUCUUCCAAAGUGCCCAUCAUGUCCCAUGAUCGCUCAAAGCCAUCCAAUGAGGCUCCUCUCUGUCCUCUCGCACGUGGAUUGACAGCAUUCAUCCGAACUCCCAGAAGACUUGGCAUUGCUGAUCAGCGCUGCCGUUCUUGCUGGCUUGCAACUUUUACUUUUGAUGGGGGGGCCGCGCAGAAGUCACCGUGAUGUCAUAAAAAAGAUGCGGACGCCUGGCAUCCUCUCCGACCGGAGCUUCAAAACAUGGUAAUCGUCACCAACUUAAACUCUGCCGCUCUCUCUCCGUUUCCAACUCCAACACUGCGCUCGGGCUAUCGUUUCAUGCCCGAAACCCUGAUCUGCCUUCCAAAAAUAAGCCUCUGCCACCAUGCCGAAGGAAGGAAAACAAGAAGAGUGGUAUUUUUAGGGCCAUUAAUUCUGACCACGUGCCCCGAAGGUAAACCGGAUGGGCAUUGCGCAAAGGCUCCUCAUCAGUAUGUCCUACGAGGCCAACACUCACUGGACGUUGCCUGCGAUUCUUCUCCUGGGACACCUGGUGGGGAUUGUGUCAUCAUAUCCGAUUCCAAAUAGGACUGAUGGAACGUUACUGGACAAAAGAUGGGAGACUCUGUCCUCCGGCUCCAUUCUUGGGAUCUCAGGGGAGAGAUCAGAACUGAACUGGGAGAGAGACUAUUUGCUGGGUAUCAAGAGAGUGCGGAGGCUCUACUGCAACGUGGGAAUCGGGUUUCACCUUCAGAUCCUCCCGGACGGAAGGAUAAACGGUGUACAUAAUGAAAACCAGUACAGUCUGUUAGAAAUCUCAACUGUAGAGCGAGGAGUGGUUAGCUUGUAUGGGAUGAAAAGUGACCUCUUUGUGGCAAUGAAUAACAAAGGAAGAUUGUAUGGAACGGCCACUUUCCAAGAUGAGUGCAAGUUCAAAGAAAUCCUGCUGCCCAAUAAUUACAAUGCCUACGAGUCCUCAGUCUAUGGCGGCGCCUACAUAGCACUUAGCAAACACGGACGGGUGAAGAGAGGCAACAAGGUCUCGCCAGCGAUAACUGUGACGCAUUUUCUUCCCAGAAUCUGAGGAAAGCACCAACAGUAACUCAUUAUUUUGCACAUGUGAAUAUUCUCCCAGGUAAACAUUAACAUGCAAACUGACUGCAAAACUGCAGUAUUUAUGAUAGUAUUUAUUUUGUCUUUUAUAUGUAUAUUUGGUUAGUACACUUUGUAUUAGAACUUGUAUAUGCCAAAUAUUGCUGCUUAUAAUUAUAUAUUACAGGGAAGAGGCUUAAAUGACCUCUUUAGUUUAUAUGGGUGCUUGCCAUAACUGGUAGAGACUUAACCCUGUCAUUGGGAUGACUAAUAUACUUAGCUUUUAGGAGUGAAAUGGAUACUUUUUAUUACCUCAAACAGCAACCUCAUAAUUGGAAAGGAUAUAUGGAGUUGCGCUGAAUAGAAUUUCCAUUGACUUUUCUGCUGCUUAACCCCUGGGGGGCUGGAAGGUUUUCUCUUCAAUGUUUUAAGGGGAAAUCCUGUUCCCUAACUGGGCUGGUUUGAUUUUUGCCAACGCACUGUUAACACACUCGCGAGAGUCAGAAAUAGGGUUGACACUCAGCCACGCAUUUCUUCUGCUGCUAUGAAGAACUUUCAGGUAAUCUUGGCCAAAUCAUCAUUUUGAUUCACCACGAGAGAGCUGUACUUUUGUUCAGGACUGCUCGUGCAGAGCAAUACCUUCAUGAAAGAAGCCAAACACCAGUUUUAAUAUGUCAAUGACUGAAAAUCCACACCCACAGUAUAUAUAUACACACACUAAGAAAAGUACAUCGUUCUGUUUCAUCCAAACGGACCUCUCAAAUAGCCUUUUCAAACAUUGUCACUUGGGUUCCAUUUCUUUCUCAGAACUGCAAGCAAAAAAGGAGACUUGUUACACAUUUUCUUUUUUGCUUUUCAGUUUACUUCUUAUUUAGUAUAAUUUGCGGAAGCUGUUUUUUUUUUAAGACAAUGUCAGGGAGUUGUGCGUCUGGUUGUCAAUCCCAGACUUGCUGCCAGUUCUCGGUGGUCCUUUCAUACUCCUGCCACUAGGGAACUGGCAGAUGUGUCGUUGUGCGGGUGCUGAAACGUAUAGGAAAGCAGUGUGAUUUCUUAAAGAAUGUGAAUUGAUAAUACUUGAAUUGUAAAAAAAAAUGCAUUAAAAGGAAGCCCUCAAGGGGUUAGAGACACAGAAGCAGCCAUGACACUGAGAUAACGUGUAUGCAAUACAAUGUCAAGCUGAUAAAACAGCAGAUUCAGAAACACGGCACUAUCCGGCAGGCUUAGCUGCAGAUGCAGAAGCUGUUGCCAAGGGCUGACAUUAAUUCUGAGGCCUGGAUAUGUGUUGUGGGAAUAAUAACCUCCUCUAUGUAGGGGGAGUGCUUAUUUCGAUACAAAGCGGUGACAGUGACAACCGGGCUGUGUGUAACAUGCAUUAUCUGUACUUGCAUGCAAAGGCCGUUCUUUGCCCAGAAUAGCUGUCCUUUUUUGGAACUGGAAAAAAAAAGGCCUAAUCUAGAAGAGACUUAUGGGACACCACAUGCACCGCCCAUUGUUUGUUUAACCCCAGGAGAAUGCUAGUCAUGCAGGGGUGGAGGCUCCUUCCCAAAUACCUGAGAAGACUUCACCGCUCGGUUGUCUCUAUAAAAACGGCCGGUUCACAGGAGCUUUGAAAUUCCUGCAGUAAUGGGGUGCUUCGCUCCCCAUUUAAACCAUUUUUAGUACAAGGUCAGAGCUGUUCACGCAAGCACUGCCCAUUCCUUGCAGCUCAAGGGUUAGCUCUUCAGGUUGCAGGGAUAACAUUACUAGACGCUGCUAUGUCUUAGGGAUUAACUUCAGCCUUUUUCCCCGACACUGUGUAAGACUCAUCCAUGAACACACUGAGACCCUCAUGGUUCAGUUGUUGUGCACAGCCUAUAUGCAUUACAAGUACUGAGCGAACGGAAUUCAGGGGCUGUUUUGUAGACAGCCUUGCACCUUCAGCUGAAUGUGAGAAGGAUAUGCUUACCUGCUUGUCAAAAGACUAAAGGCUGCUAAAAGAGUAUCCAUUGGUGUACCUUCCUUACUAGUGUAUAACUGCUGAGUUCACACACACCCCAGAUACACCCAGCAGAUAUUUCCCUCAGUUCAAACCUGGGGUGGCUUGAAAAUAAAUUACCGAAGGACGUUACAAGAUAAGUAUUAGCAGGCCACACUAUGUCACAUUUUCUGACAUGCAAUAAAAUCUCAUAUGUGUACGGAAUCAAAUUUCUUUUCUGGUGACAUGGUUUUGAUGUCCCCUGAAAGUCACGUCUCCCCCCGCCCCAAUAGUUUUGAAUCCUGUAUCUCUAAUUGGACAUUUAAACAGAAAAAUAACUUUGAAAAUAGCAUAAUGGUACUACGUUGGCUGUUCGGAUUUUCCAAUUUUUUUAUUGGUCUUUGUCUAUGCUCCUUUUGUGUCAAAAACAAGAAAAACACUCAUUCUGAUCUGUCAUACCUCCACCGAUUUUAAAAGCUUUCGGCAGGGUACUGCAACACUUGAUUACAGUUACAGUUGAGGGCACCUCGAAAUACUGAUUCUUGCAUCUGUUCCAAACUCAGAGGAAAUGCAAUUGAAAAGCUUUCAGGCUGGUCUACUCUGUGUGUCUCAAGAUUUGUAAGCGGGAUAUGUCUUUGACAGUGUGGAGUUUAUCAGGGUUUUGUUAUCGCAGGCGGGUGGAUUGGAGUUCCAAGUUUGGAAAGAACCUUUCACCCUUUUUGAGAUAAUUUUGCUGUCAUUUGGCUGUUUCAUAUGUAAAAGUAGUUUGGGGUUCAUAAGUCUCUCGAGAGCCUGCAGAGGUGUUUAUGAAAAGGCUAGCAAGUCCUGUAAAAGGCUUCAUUACAAUGCCCUACAGCCCGUUAGCAUGAGACUUUGCUGGAUUCUGCUUGAUCGUUUUGUAGAAAAUGUGAAAUUACCUUGAAUUGUGUGAGCAAGCUUUUUUCUUAAAAAAGUCCCAUUAGGUAGAGGGCUUUAGGGAUUUGCUUCACAUCAUUCAUGGAGAUCCCCCUGCACUGUGAACUAAUUAAACAAAAAGGUGAAGUUUCUCCUUGGCUAGGUGCAUAAAAAAGGCUUUUUUGUAAGGCUUAUAACUACAUAAAUAACACUAGAGAGUGCAAGUGUCAUGGUGAAUUUUUAAAGUGGACUGUAAUCAGGAAAGUCGAUGUUAGUGUGAUUAAAUAAUUGAGUUGGAAUUACAAGCACGUUCAGACAUAAUGGCUUGAGGUAAUUUGGGACAAGGCAUUAUAGACACAAAUUCAUUUUCUUCUCUGAUAACACUUGUUUCUUGUAGGCUGUUUGAUGGGUAUUGGUGGUGAAUGUGAAAAGAAGGGCAUCUAAUGAGUUAUCGAACUGUGGAAAAUGAGAGGUCAAAACAAAGUAAUGGCGGGUUGUGGUGUUCCAGUUGAUCUCUUUCCCUUGUUUUUCAGGGACACUCCCAAGUUAGAAGGCCACUCAGGUUAAUCCAAGUUCAAAGUUGAAAGAACUUGUUCUGUUGUUGACGUUGUUCCAGUGACUCGAAAGCAGUGAUUGUGCCCGAAAGCGAUAACAAUGAUAACUGUGCCUGCUUCUGUGGUACACUUUCUCUCUUCACACAAUAUAAAGAGUUUGUGUUACUGUUAUUCCAAAAGGUGCUUGAAAGUGCAGCAACGUAGUACAGCCACUGGGUGCCACAGAAUGCUUGCUGAGUGGGGACAAAAAGGGAUUAUUAUGCAUUUGGGGACAUUCUCAAUAAAACCUUUGGCUUUAAUUAAGUUACUUUUAUCUGCACCACUAAUAUCCACUAAGUGUCCCACACUUAAUGACUUUUUGUUGACAAUUGAACAGCAUACUUGCAAAACUAGGGAGUGUGUGUACAGUAUGUGUAAAAAGGAGAGUGCAACCAAACUCAAGAGCAGCCUUUGUACAUUAUAUCUCCUCAGAAUUUUGUAUUCCUGCACUGAAGAAGAGUGCCAUCUCAAAUUUCCUUUUUUUUGUUAACAUAUACCUCACCUUCUGCCUUAGUACUGAUUUGUUAUUAUUGUAAAUUUGUAGGAAACACAGAAUUAUCUGAUAAUUUGUUUCUAAACAAAUAUGUAUAUGAAAUGUUUUCCUUCUAUUUUUGUACGUAUGUGCUGUGCACAGCAGUCUAAUGUAUUCCUAAAAUAACAAUAAAAGUUUGU